GUUUGGCACAUCCCUAGCACAGGUGCAUCGUAUUCGCUAACCGAAUCGGCGUGCAAAGAAAAUUUACAAAUUUUUUGGCAACUUGAAACGCCAAAUAGCUUUAAACAAGUAAGUUGUGAAUUUGACGCUUAACAUAGGAGCCAACGUGCCGCCAGCAAGAGUAGAUCAGACAGCAGCAGCAGCAGCAACGAGCCCAGCAGCCACAGCUGUAAAACCAGGAACCGAGACCCGUCGUUGCCUGUCCGUCGCGUGUACAUUUUCAGCAGUGAAUUCAUUUCGGCGUUUCGUGGGUGUUCCGAGAAGAAGCGUGUUGAGACUGCGCCAGGAAAGAUGGUUAAAGCUAAAAAGGGCAAGAAAGAGAUACUGACCACCGCUGAGGGCGGCUCAUCGGCGGACGAAAUGGAAACCAAUACUGUCAUAGACUCGGACAACGAUCAGGUCAGCACCAACAACAAGAAGAAUCAGCAGAAGGGCAAAAAGAAGAACAAUAAAAAUGCCAAUGCUUCAGAUGAUGGCAGCGACGAGAAUGCGCCAAUCGAGACCAUAACAAAGGCCGUUAAAAAGCUGAAUGUGAAGGGCAAGGGCAAGGGCAAGGCCAAGAAUGUGGACGAUGACUCCGAUGAGGAGCCGAGCCAAAAGCCUGCCAAGAAGUCCGCUUUCAAUUUGCUGCUGGACGACGAUGACGAUGAGGAGAAUGAUGCGCCGGAAGCACAAAUCUCAUCCGAGGAGGAGGAGGCAGUGGUUGUAAAGCCACAGAAAAAGAACGAGAAGAAGGGCAAAAAGGCCAAGCGUAAGGGUAAGGAAGAUGACGACGAAGAUUUGGAUAAAAUGCUAGCAGAACUGCAGGCGGAAUAUGCUGGCGAGGCGCCAGCAGCCACCAUUGGAGCCGAGCAGGUGGCCGACGAGCUUGCCAAGAAGCCAAAGAAGGGCAAAAAGGCAGUUUCAGCGACUGCCGAAGAAGCCGGCGCCGAAGACCUUGAUGAGAAUGACAAUGAAGAUGAGGAUGUUGGCGGAUUGAAAACGGCAGCUCAGAAGAAAAAGGAAAAAAAGGAGCGACAGAAGCGAGAGGCUGCGCUGGCCAAGCAGCGCGCAGCGCUCGAGCCUAAGCAGAAGCCUGCGCCAGCUCCAGCCCCGGCGCCGGAACCAGAGCCAGAAUCCGUAGCAGCGCCCGAGAAUGAAACAAAGCCAGAAGCCGCCGAUGCAGAAGAAGCCGAUGAUGGCGGCAAGGCGGGCAAGAAUAAGAAAAAGGGCAAGAAGGAUAAGAAAGCUGAGGCCGAUGAGGAGAAGGAGAAAAAGGACAGCAAAAAGAAGGGCAUGUCCGCAGCGAUGGUGGCCGCCAUGCAGGAGCAGCUGAAGAAGCGCAAAGAGGAAGAGGAACGUCAGCAAAAGCUCGAAGAGGAACGCAUACGGCUGGAGGAUGAGCGCGAAGAGGCGCGUCUGGAGGCGGUGCGCCUAGAAGCCGAACGCAAAGAGAAGAAGAAACAAAAGGAGGCCGAACGCAAGGCGCGCCUCAAGGCCGAAGGUAAACUGCUAACCAAGAAGCAGAAGGAGGACCGUGCUCGUGCCCAGGCGCUGUUGGAUUCACUGAAGGCGCAGGGCCUUGAAAUACCCGAUCACAACGACAGGCGUGCGCCCAGGCCAGGCACGCGCAUACGUCCCAACAAGAAGAAGGGGCCCAAGGGUGAGGCCACCGAGGAGGAGGCCAAGGAUGAGGCACAAAAAGCGGCCGAAGCAGCCGCAGCUGCUGCAGCAGCCGAGCAAAAGGCCAAGGAAGAGGCGGUUAAGGAAAGUUGGGAUGCGACUGACAGCGAAGCUGAAGCCGAGGAGGAAUCCUCUCAAGCAACCACUACAACCACCAACAAUGGCAAAACUGAUGCCCAUGAUGAAGCUGAAUCCGAUGACGACGAUGGCGAUACCGACGACGACAGCGAUGAGUCCGAGGAGGAGAGCGAAGAGUCCGCAAAGGAGGACGCAACAUUGGCCAAUGAUCCCGAAUCGCGUCGCCUACGUGCCGAGGCGCGCAUCAUUAAACGCCAGUCGGAGGCGGAGAAGAAACGCACCACGGAAGAACUGCGCGCCGGCGUCGUUUGUGUGCUCGGCCAUGUGGACACGGGCAAAACAAAAAUCUUGGACAAGUUGCGACGCACCCAUGUGCAGGACUCGGAGGCGGGCGGCAUCACGCAACAGAUUGGCGCCACCAACGUGCCCAUUGAUGCCAUCAAGGAGCAAACGAAAUAUGUCAAAAACGUCGCCAGCUUUGAGCAUCGCCUGCCCGGACUGCUCAUCAUCGAUACGCCCGGCCACGAAUCGUUCAGUAAUCUGCGCAAUCGCGGCUCGUCUCUCUGUGAUAUUGCCAUUCUGGUUGUGGACAUUAUGCACGGCCUGGAGCCGCAGACCCUGGAGUCCAUACAGCUGCUCAAGAAGAAGAAAUGCCCCUUUAUCGUGGCCCUCAACAAGAUCGAUCGCCUUUACGACUGGCAGGUGCUUCCCCGCCGCGACGUGCGCGACGUGAUCAAGGAACAGCAGACGAACACACAGCUGGAAUUCCAGCAGCGCACUAAGGAGGUGAUUCUACAGUUUGCCGAGCAGGGUCUGAACGCAGCGCUCUUCUACGAGAAUACAGAUCCCAAGACCUACAUCUCGCUGGUGCCCACCAGCGCCAUCACGGGCGAGGGCAUGGGCAACCUGUUGUUCAUGAUUACGGACUUUUGCCAAAAUAUGCUGACCAAGCGGCUCAUGUACUCCGAGGAGCUGCAGGCCACCGUGCUGGAGGUGAAAGCCAUACCCGGCCUGGGCACCACCAUCGAUGCCAUACUCAUCAAUGGCCGGCUGCGCGAGGGGCAGACCAUGAUCUUGGCCGGCACAGACGGGCCCAUAACCACGCAGAUUCGUUCGCUCCUGAUGCCGCAGCCCAUGAAGGAGCUGCGCGUCAAGAACGCAUAUGUCGAGUACAAGGAGGUGAAGGCCGCGCAGGGCGUCAAGAUCGCCGCCAAGGAUCUGGAGAAGGCCAUUGCAGGCAUCAAUCUGCUCAUUGCGCACAAACCCGACGAGGUCGAGAUAUGCAAAGAGGAAGUGGCUCGCGAACUGAAGAGCGCGCUUAGCCACAUCAAAUUGGCUCCGAGCGGCGUCUACGUCCAGGCUUCAACAUUGGGCUCCUUGGAAGCUCUCCUCGAAUUUCUACGCACUUCAAAGAUUCCGUAUUCCGCCAUACGCAUUGGGCCCGUGGUCAAGCGUGAUGUGAUGAAGGCCUCAACGAUGUUGGAGCAUGAGGCGCAAUAUGCAACAAUCUUGGCAUUCGAUGUGAAAGUGGAGCGCGAGGCGCAGGAAAUGGCCGAUUCGCUGGGUGUCAAGAUCUUUCAAGCGGACAUUAUCUAUCAUCUGUUCGACAAGUUCACCAGCUACCGCGAGGAGCUGAAGCAAAAGAAACGCGAAGAAUUCCGCUCAAUAGCCGUCUUUCCAUGCAAACUAAAGAUACUGCCACAAUUUAUAUUCAACAGUCGCGAUCCGAUCAUCAUAGGCGUUAUGGUUGAGAAUGGCAUAGUUAAGGUGGGCACACCGAUCUGCGUGCCGAGCAAAGAGUUUGUGGACAUUGGCAUAGUCACCUCUAUCGAAUCGAAUCACAAGCAAAUCGAAUUUGCACGAAAAGGUCAAGAGAUUUGCAUCAAAAUAGAACCAAUUCCCGGCGAAUCACCAAAAAUGUUUGGAAGACAUUUCGAGGCGGACGAUAUGCUCGUGAGCAAGAUCUCACGCCAGAGCAUCGACGCCUGCAAGGACUAUUUCCGCGAUGACUUGAUCAAACCCGACUGGGCGCUGAUGGUGGAGCUCAAGAAGCUCUUUGAGAUUCUCUAAAUGUUUGCCAAAAUAUUAUAUAAAAAAUGAAGAACAACAACUGCAACUGCAAUAGAAAAUUAAUGCUUGUAGCUCAACUCUUAACUACAGACUGCUUCAGCUAGCGACAUGGCCGACUUGUCCCUAUGCAAAAUAA